AGGCCCUCACUCGCCUGAAGGAGACAAAGGCCAGGGUCACGUCCAUCUUCGGCAACAUCUUAAAGAUGGACUCCACCAAGACGAUGACAAAGAAGCUUGCGGGUGAAGCCGCCGGUACAGCCGCCUGGGUCACAAAAGUGGGCAGGUGCUCAUGUCUGUCCUCACGGACUCCGAGGGGGACGGACUUUUGCCUAUGGUGGCUGGACUCAUGCGGCGGUACAGAGACGCCGGAAAGACCCCUCCGCAGGUCUUGUACGUGGACCGGGACUGCUGUGCCAACACUGGACGCUGCAAGGUGGCAGCCAUGUUCGGUGAGUGGGACCAGCUGGUGGUGUGCCUGGACGUGUGGCACCUCAUGCGACGCUUCGCGAGGGGUGUCACCACCGAUAGCCACCAGCUGUAUGGCCUCUUCAUGGCGCGUGUGUUCUUGGCCAUUUUCGAGUGGGACAGGGGCGACGUGGACCACCUGACAGAGGCCAAGCAGUCCGAGGAGGGGAGGGACGCCUACAUCAAACUGUCAGCCAGGGAGCUCGCCCAUCACUGCUGCCGCCGCACCAGGGGUGUGGAGGAGACAGAGCAGCUCCUCAAGGAGGUGCUGGACUCCUUCUGGGAGGCGACCGACACCAGGUUGGAGGACAUUUGGAGCACGCAGCGUCGUCACCUAUACUGCAUUCAGGACCCGCAGGGAGUGCAGCUUUAUGCCAAGACGGGGGAGCUGACCAAAGGGGGGGUCAGGCUUCCCGUCUUCCACUGCACCAGAGGCUCCACUUCCCUGGAGUCAUUCCACCUCCACUUGUGCCGCUUCAUUCCAGGCACGUCUGCCAGCGCCCUAUACUUCCAGGUGUACCUGCUGGAGGGCCUGGUGAGGUGGAAUGAAAAUUGGGCCAGGGCAGCAGCGGAGGACGGCCAGAGGACGACACUGUGUUGCUACAGUGCCCAGCUGCAGCAUGGCUUCAACCAGCUCACCCAGGAGUUCCUGGGUCUGACGCUGGUUGAGAAUUACACACGGCCUGGGGAGUACACAGGGGAGCUCAUUGGGGUGGAGUACCUGUACUCCCAGACGAGCGCUGUGCUGCAGCAGGAUGCAGGCCAGGAGCGGGAGGAAGAGGAGGACAAUGAGGACGACGAGGGCUUCCAGGAGGACCUGGAGGAUAUGAGGUUCGCAGGACACCUCGACAGUCUCCUUCGGCCGUCUCGGCCUGCCACCCCCACCACACCGGAGUCGAUGGAGGAAGAGGAAGAGGAUGUACGCGGUCCAGACGGUCACAAAGGGUACCAGCACGCUGUCCGUCUGGCCCAUGCCCUCGUAGAGCUGCGUCACCACGCCUAUGUGACGCACCGGCAGGUGACGGAGAUUGUCGCGCUCUGGCAGAAGCUGUCAGACAGGGACAAGGCGACUAUCUCCUUCCCCCCACGCCACCAGGACCAGCUUGUCAAGGGCCGGUUCAAGACCGGCCCUUCGAGACUGUCCAACAUGCUGGGUGUGGACAGCGUGAAGUGGUCCUACAUUAGCCAAGGCGCGGGUCCAGCACAGUCUCCAAAAGCCAGCAGGAUGGUGGAGGCCAUGUUUUCGGAGCUGUGCCAUAUUCACUACGAGGGCCGUACUAUCGCCGGGGUCCGGGUUAAGCACUGGGGGGGUGUCAAGAGGGACUACUGUCUCAUCAGAGGCAAUGUGCAGAAAGAACCUCAUGGCAGUCACCAACCUCCAGCUUUAUGACAUCAACCACUGGACCCUUCUGCAGUACACAACGACGGGGCAACGCGAUGAUGACGGAAACGGUGCGCGUAGCUGUUCCAGGGGCCACCUGCAAGCACUCCACAACGGAGCAGCUGGGU